AUGAUUCAUCAGCAACUGCGCAAGUGCCACAAGGCGCUAAAGUACCUAGAGAGGAGCAAGCCGGAACCCUCCAGAACCAAGUGGGGUUUUCUCAUGGAGGCCGUACCUCUACCUCCAAACUCACAUGAACCUGUGCUUCGAAGAGGUAGAAGAACCUUUCCCUUGCUCCUUAUCGCCGACGAAUCUGGAAAGGCUGGAACCCAGAGCGCUGUGCCUGAUGUCUCAGUUGCGACUUGCACUGGACUGUUGGCCACUCGUCGCCGCCGCUUCUUUGAUCAGAUGGUCUCGUUCAUGCCGCCCCUGCGCAGUGGUCUCAAGGCCAAAACAAACGCACAAAAAAAGAACCAGGUGGGAGAUCCAAUCUGGCAUAUCCGUCUCAGUGUCUUCUUCUUCUUCAAGAUUUCGAGUUCUAUGCCUUUGAUGAAGCUACAAGACAAUCACUGUUUGAACAGGAAAACACUCCACGGCUUCGAUACCGCUAGUCUCCCGGAGAGUAUCGAGGAUGUCACUGCUGAACUGAUGGGUCGCAAGAGGCCCACUAGACCCUUGCACCUACUCCGCCUCUUGCCGGGCGUCCUCACUUCACCUCUGUUUACAGUUCCACGUCCAACACGACCGGGAACAAUCGUCACCGCCGACGACAGACAUUGGGGCCGAAGAGGUCGCCGAGCGCAUCCCCUGGAAUGCCCACGAUGCUAG